GACCGGAUAGCGGAAGUGGAUGAAGCGUGUCGAGUUAGUCGUGUGAACUAUCUCACAUGCAUGAGAGGUGCAGAUUCCAUUGGUUGAAGAAGCAGCAACUGAUCAGACGCGUCUCGGAUAGAAAAAGGAGCCCAGGGUGGCUUUGGCCAGUUGGCGACAGGAUCAACAGGACUUGAAGCAAAUGUCAAGCCAGGCUCUGCAAAGGGAGGAGGGGGAUGGAGUGACGCUGUGUGACAAAGAGGAGCUAAACCGAAAGAUUAAAGAGCAAAAAGUCGUAGUUGAUGAAAUUUCCAACUUGAAGAAAAACCGGAAGGUUUACAGGCAGCAACCCAACAGCAAUUUAUUCUUUCUAGCAGACCGAACCCAAACACUAUCUGAAUGCAAACACACAUUAGAUGAAUUGAAGAAAGCACAUCAAGAAAUGGAAAAUUCAGAAAAAGCGAAACUCAAGAAAUAGUUAAACCAAACAAGCGUUUAAAAUGUGUGGAAUCUGCUGUGUGGUCAGCUUGUCUGUUCAUCCCCCUAAACAUUGUCUCUUGAAAGAGGAUAUCCCAUGUAAUCUUAGAAGACGAGGGCCUAAUAGUAGCCAACAGUUGCUAAAGACUGUGCUCCAUCCUUCAUACCAAUGCUUAUUUUCUGGCCAUGUACUUCAUUUAAGGGGGGUGCUAACUCCACAGCCCAUGGAAGAUCCUAUUAGUGGUAAUGUGUUACUUUGGAAUGGAGAAAUCUUCAGUGGAAUUCCUGUAGAGGCUGAGCAGAAUGACACUCAAGUUAUUUUUCGCCAACUCUGCUCAUGCAGUUGCGAAUCAGAUGUUCUGUCUCUGCUGUCUUCCAUUCAGGGUCCUUGGUCCUUUAUUUUUUAUCAGGCAUCCAGGCAUCUCUUGUGGUUUGGCAGGGACUACUUCGGCCGUCGCAGUCUGCUGUGGCAAUUUAAUAAGGAGAUUGAUGAGGUUCUUGUUCUCACUUCUGUAAGUGCUGUCUCUAAUCAUCAAUGGUGGGAAGUUCCAGCAUCAGGAAUCUUCAAAAUGGAUCUCCAGGCCUGUGCUGCCUCUGAAGCUGUGACUUUAACAUGGCAUCCUUGGAAAUAUCCUUCCAGAAGAAAUGCAAUUGAAGAAGCUGUCAUUGGAGACAUAAAUAUGGUUUCCAAAUAUUUACCAACACAUGUGUCUCUUGUAAUGGAUGAGUCCCACUGCCUAGUAGCGCCGGUCGUUCCUUUGAAUAAGGAGAUCCGUGACAUACCCGAGGAGCCCCAGUUCUUUGAUUUUACCCAAAAUGUAGCUGACGCAAGAGUUCUUCAGACAUUCCUUGCAGAACACCACAAGAAAAAACUGGUUCAGCAGUUUAUUGAUGUGUUGAGUAGAGCAGUAGAGAGGCGAGUCUUAUGUCUGGCUAGAGAUCCUGAUAUAUUAAAAGGAGAAAUGUCAGGGGCAGCUCUGAGGAAGCCCUGUGUUGCAGUACUUUUUUCUGGGGGCAUUGAUUCCAUUCUUAUAGCAGCCCUUGCUGAUAGACAUGUGCCUUCAGAGGAACCCAUUGAUCUUCUCAAUGUGGCCUUCAAGGUUACACACCAAGAUAGCCAAAACAGUUCCAUCAGGAAACGCAGCAAAGAGAAGAAACAGCCGCCACUUCGUCAGGAAUGCUUAAACGGCGACAAUAUUAUGACUGCUGGCUUUUUGUCACCUUUUAAUGUGCCUGACAGAAUUACAGGCAGGGCAGGACUGGAAGAACUGAAAAACAUUAAUCCUUCAAGGUGUUGGAAUUUUGUGGAGAUCAACGUUCCGCUGGAGGAGUUAAAAGCAAUGAGAGAACAACAUAUACGCCACUUAGUUUAUCCCUUGGACACUGUUUUAGACGACAGUAUUGGUUGUGCUGUGUGGUUUGCUUCCAGAGGAGAAGGUCUGAUUACCAAUCAGGGAAAUAUAACUCCAUAUACAAGUCCUGCAAAGGUUGUACUUACAGGAAUCGGAGCAGAUGAACAACUUGCAGGCUAUUCCAGGCACCGCGUUUGCUUUAAAACACAAGGUUUGGAGGGUUUGAAUGAAGAACUAGGAAUGGAACUGGGCCGUAUUUCUUCUCGAAAUCUUGGCCGAGAUGAUAGAGUUAUUGGAGAUCAUGGCAAAGAAGCAAGAUUUCCAUUUCUUGAUGAAGAAGUUGUAUCUUUCCUUAACUCUCUUCCUGUUUGGGAAAAAGCAAACUUGGCUCUGCCUCGAGGCAUUGGGGAGAAAUUGCUUUUGCGCCUGGCAGCUGCUGAACUUGGCUUGACAGACUCUUGUGUCCUGCCCAAGAGGGCCAUGCAGUUUGGUUCCAGGAUUGCCAAAAUGGAGAAGAGCCACGAAAAGGCAUCUCACAAAUGCACAAGACUCCAGUCACUUUCAGUAGACUAGCUGUGUGUACGGGGUUGCCUUUAAAAAAUGCUAAUUACAGUACACAGUGGACACAAUACAAGAAGCUUCAGGUGCUACUCAGUUUGUGAUUCUAUGCACUUCAUUAGGAAUAAUGCCCAGUGGCGUCAGUAGGAUUAACUUUUGUGUUCGAUGUGAAUAGCGUCAGGCUGCAUAUUCCACUGAAAGGGAAUGGAAAUUACAAUUAACUAAGUUCUAUUAAUUUUAGUGGAACUUAGUUCUUUCUAGCUAGCUGGAUUGUCCCCAAUAUGCUCUGAAAGAUACUUCUGUUACAUACAUGAAAUGAAAUAAAGGGGUUUUUUAUGUCUCAGAA